AUGAGCCGCUCCGUCGCCACACAAGCAACACUGGCUCGAGCUGAUCCGUUCAAGCGGCUGAUCAUUGGGAUCGAUGUAGGAUUCUACGCUACGAGCGCCUCUUUCUGUUUGGUCAAGAGAGGUGCGAAGCCCAAGGUGGAAGGUGUUGAUCCUUGGCCAGGAACGCGCCAGCAGUUCGUAGCGAGCAUAGUCGAGUACGAUGACUGCGGACGCGCCAAGCUUCGCACAUCGCCUUGCUGCGAAUGCGAUGAAGAAGCGCAUUCGCACACGCAAGCGCCACGUCGCAGCGUCGACUGCUGGGCUUUGAUGCGCGCCAUCGGAGCGACGUCAGCCACGUCGACCGAUUCGGAGAUUGUGGAUCUGGACAGUGUACUGACGCAGCUUGCCGACUUUUUGAGCUUGGUAUGGCAAGAUGUCGGCGCUUUCCUUUGGAGCCGCUUCAGCGAGGAACACCGAGCUCUGAUCGACGGCACCACCAAAGUCGAGCUGGUCUUGACGCAUCCAGGUCAUUGGGGAAAAGCGCAACGCGGCUUGUUGGAGCAUGCGUGCGGCGAAGCAGGUAUAGUGGAGCCCGGGGGUCGUCUUAGGCUGACGUUGGUGUCCAGGAGCGACGCUGCUUUGCAUUUUGUUGCCCCACAGAUGCGCGCAGGAGAGCAGGUGAUCGUCGUUGGCGCCGAGGAUGGGUGUGAUGUGGCCGCGUGGCGAUCGACUGGAGAGAAGUACCAGCAGAUCGCAGAUCGAACGAGCACGAACCAUCGACGCCGGCAAGGGACCUCGACGGCCCGUAGUAGUGACAGCACGACCGUACAGGCAGAUCCAAGCGGGAGUGGCACAGUCAGCAUGCCGCUGCGUAAGCGCACCCCUGCGAGUGUCCAGAAACGUCAGCGACGUGGACGAACCAACGUGGAAGAGGAUGUCACUGCCCCCCGUCGAGCGUAUUCCGUCAUCGAGUUUUUCUACGCUGCAGCUUCGACUGCCAUAGCCGAAAACGUGGCCGAGCACGUCGAUGCGCUAUGUCAGCAAGGCAAGUCGGUAGCCAUCUUCACAACAAAGGAGAUUGGCACCCUCUCUCCUUUCCACAGCACUGCGAGUACGAGCGAUGGUCGUCAACGAGUGCGUGUCGUCGAACCCGACUCCAUGUCUCAAAAGAGUCUUGCGGAAGGUGCGGUGCAAAUGGCAAUGCGCAAUAUCGUCAUCAAAGACACCAGAAAGUCUUUCUUUGGGAUGGCAUUUUGCGAGAGUUACGAUCCGGACAAGCCAGAACACUUGGCACGCAGAGAUUCCAAAAUAAGGCAUCCGCGAACCCAAGCUUUCAUCCUACCUGGCAGAUUUCAGCUGCUCGCAACCAAGGACACGGAAGGCGACGUAGAAUGCGCGCCGACCACUCUGAAUGCUUUUUGCUCCGCCUCGCCGCUUGAAAGCACAGUUACCCUCAAGAUCUUGGUCUGCAAGGCCGAAACCUGUCCUUGGUGGCUGCACGAUGCACCGUUCGAGGAAUUGCUACCGAUAAAGCUGGACUUGAGCGAGGCUGCCUUUCCCUGCAGGCGGUGCACCGCCACCGGUCUCACCUACUACCGUUGGCAGUGGACUUGCGAGCUCAAGUGGGAGGGUACAGAGAUGAAAGUGGUCUGCAAGCCUGGCGAAGGACAGGGCAUGUUUGCAAGCAGUGUAUCUCCAAUCCCUGCGAGACACGCUCGAUAUUGGGCCGCGAAAGUCGAGAGACAGACGACAAGCAUCAUGAGCGAGGGAGAAAGCAAAGGCAAAGGCACCAUUCAGAAACAGGAAUCCAUGAAGAAGGACAAGAAGAAGAGCAAGAAGGAGCGCAGUACUUCUUCGAAAGGCGUUCGGGGCAGAUCACUGACGUCUUUAAAGUAG